AUGUCGUCUCCGCCCGCUCUCAACACACCCUUGACCAAGCUCUUGGGCAUUAAAUACCCCAUAAUGCUGGCCGGUAUGGCACGUACAUCAGGCGGUCCAUUGGCUGCUGCAGUUUCGAAUGCCGGAGGUAUUGGAACUAUUGGAGGGCUGGGAUAUACUCCGGGACAACUACAAGAGAUCAUUGAUGAUCUAAAGGCCAAUCUCACCGAUAAAUCCCUACCAUUCGGUGUCGACCUGGCCCUACCACAAGUCGGUGGAAGUGCGCGAAAGACCAACCAUGACUAUACCCACGGCCAACUCGACGAGCUUAUCGAAGUGACCAUCAAGAACGGUGCAAAGAUCUUCGUCAGCGCAGUCGGUGUCCCUCCCGCACGCACUAUCAGACGCCUCCACGAAGCGGGCAUCCUGGUUAUGAACAUGGUGGGAGCGCCGAAACACGCGGAGAAAGCCCUUAAGGCUGGCGUCGACAUCGUCUGUGCCCAGGGAACAGAAGGGGGCGGUCAUACCGGUGACAUCGCAAACAGCAUCUUGAUCCCAGCUGUCGUGGAUGUGGCGAAGAAGUACAAGAGCCCGCUGACAGGGGAACCGGCGCUGGUAGUGGCCGCGGGCGGUAUCUACGACGGCCGCAGCCUCGCGAGCAGUCUGAUGCAAGGCGCUGUGGGCGUCUGGGUCGGCACACGCUUCGUCGCCGCCGAAGAGAGCGGUGCCAGCAGAAUGCACAAGGAAGCCGUCGUCAGUGCCGACUUUACAGACACCAUCCGCACGCUGGUCGUCUCCGGCCGCCCCCUCCGCGCACGGAUGAAUGAGUACCUCCAGAAAUGGGAGAGCCAGCCCGAGCGGAUCAGGGAGUUGACGGAAAAGGGUAUUGUGCCCAUGGCCUAUGAUCUAGAACAGGAGGCGGACGUUGAUAUGCCGUUCCUCAUGGGUCAAGUCGCUGCUAUCAUCAAGGAUAUUAAACCUGCGAAAGACAUCGUGGAGGAUAUGGUAAGACAGGCGGUCGAGAUGCUGAAGUUGGCCAGUACAUAUAUCGAGGGACCUAGAAGUAAACUGUGA